AUGAUGAGCAGCGGUGGCAACGAGGACCGGGGAAAGCCCGUCAGGUGCAUUGACACGUUGGACGCUGAGAAGGUGAUCGCGGCCUGGCCCCCGGUCGGGGGCGCGAGAGCUGUGCCCAUCACAGAGAUGCUGGAUGGGUAUCUGAUGGGAGCGGUUCGUGACCCUACGGGGUGGUGGCUUCCAGAUGAUGUGCGGCCGCUCAAGCGCACUAGAUCUGAGGUGGUGUCCGACAGCCUCUUGCAUAAAGACCGAGAAGGCCACUAUGUCACGAACGGGGCCGGAGGAGUUGAGGUCCAGGUGGACGUCAGUGGCCGAUUAGUGGCAGCUCAGUGGUUUGUCCCGAUCAUGUUGCCCAGCAACGAACACUCUGAGCGGCUGCCAGGGGGCCGUGAUGUGCUCCCCUACGGGGGUUUGUUGGAAGCGAUAGUUCUGCCUGAGGAGGGCGAUUACUACAUGGAAUCGUGGCCACUAUCGCGCGCUUUGUCCGUGUUCUCGGUCCCCGACCUUUGGCUCCCGCACUUUGCUUUCUCAAAGAAGGUAUGCGCAUCCGCCUUUGGGGGAACGAAAGGAGUGCAAGUGAGGCCAGCGUGGUGUGUGCUACCUUGUGGUUGGAAAAACACACUGGCUUUGGUGGAAGGAGCCCUGCGCCUCUUAGUUUUCGGAAGAUGUCGGGUGCCGAGGCCGGCUCCCACAACAAAUCGGUGGCCCCCGCUGAGCAGUGAUCAGCUCGCUGUGGACUGCUCCGACUUCAUUGCGGAGUUGCUUUGUAUGAGAGAUUUCUGUCAGGAGCUCGACGCUGGGGUGCACUCUGAGAAGCACCGCCGUUUCGAGACGGAGUGCAGGGCCACGGGCCUGCCAAUGGAAGCGACUCGGCUGGUGAUGGAAACCCUUACGAGGGGGGUCAGUGCAGGGGCCAUGGACGGGCCCACGGAGAGCCUGCGGGCGACGAGGCAAGAAGUUAUGGACUUUGUGGCUUUGUCGUUGGGCCUACUGCAGGCAGUUUUUCCGAAGUUCACGUGGGAAGCAGAGGAGCGUGCACCUUCCUUGAAAGAAAUCGAAGAGGUGACUUGCUUCAUGGUCCUGUCUGUUCAGGCCAGCUCCCCACUCAAGUUCGUGAUGUCAGAGGUGAUUUCGUGCUCCAGCGCAACGCCCACGGGCGAGUGCCCGCGAAAGGACUUUGCGAUCCCACGGUUCGGGGAACGCUUUGCUGGAGUCAACUAUCCAUUGACGAUGGCAGUGGCGCUGGCCGGCGGAGCUGUUCAGCGACCCCUGGGUCUGAUGAUUGCUGACAACUCCUGGGAUUAUUUCUCGGAGCCGGGAAAGGAUGCGUUGGAGUUCCUGGAGGAGGACCCUGCGCUGCGCUGGCGUCAUUGGUCGCCCGACAGCUUUUCCUUUACAGCCACCCUGAGACGCGCGGGGGAGAGAAAAGGAAAAGGAAAGAGGAAGGGCCAUGCUCGACUCAGGACAGAAAACCAGCCCUGGGGCGUAGAUCGCCUGUCGCGUGACGAUCAGGUGAUAGUCCGGCAGGAGAAUAAAAUGGCCAAGCGCUGCCUCAAGGGGCUGGAAGCUGCUGACCGCCAAGGGGGCUUCGCGGCCCUGCUACACCCCUACGACUCUCUCCUAUGGCGCACAGAAGAGGUGGAAGAAAUUCGGUCACGCCCGGGCUCCAUGGUCUCCUCAUGUUCGUUCUGUUGUUUUGGGGGCCGCAAGGCAAGUUGGAUUUCGCUGUUGCACAACUCUCCCAGAGUGCAUCAAGCGUUGCACCACCCGCGAUGCCACUGCGCCCGCUCCGAGGAAUCAGGGGUGCACCCGUCAUGGCGGUCAGGCCCGGGGGAGACCAGAGGGACAGAGGAAUAUCCCUGGCGGUUCUGUGUGGCGUAUGCGGGUGCUGUCGUCGCAGAUUUGAGGGCGUUGAUGAUUCCGCCCUUGGGGACGGCACAGUUUGACCUUCCCCACCUCUUGUACAACCAAAUCAUGGGGUCAGCCAGAGGAAUGCAAAGUGAGGACCUGGUGUAUAAAUUGGUUGUUGAGGUGGAGGAAAUGGUGAGGCACAUGGAGCUGGGAGAUGAACAGAGGCACCUGGCCGGCCUGGCGAGGCAUCUGAGACUCAAGGGCACAGAUGCCAGGCUGCUGAGCCCAAAGGAGGAGACAAAUGGUAGGGAGGUGCUUGUCCCGUACCCAGCUUUUCGGUGGAACUGGCGCUCUUGCCUGGCCCAUGAGUGGCCAUCACAACAUGGCCUUCGUGGUCUUGAAAUGGUGGCCAUGUUGGCCGAACUGCGCCGCCGCGCCCGAUCGCCUCAGCAAUUUAACCAAGUGUACAUCCAUGUGGUGGACAGUGUCCCGUGUCUUUGGGCCGUGGAAAAAGGUCCAGGAAGGCACUCAUCCUUCCACCCCGAUGAGUGGUGUGACCGUUCAAGUUUCAGUUGGGACGAUUGCCGAAUUGCCCUGGGCUCGGGUCUUUACCCUCCAAAGCCCUUGAAAGGCAUUGAGCGACGAGGAAAUCCCGUGAUUCGAGUUGAAAAGGUUGGGGAUUCUUGCCACGGCAAGUCCAUCUAUGGGAUGGAAGACCUCGCAUCUUUUCGCCUGGACUUUGCCGGCAUCGACGAACCACCGAGCCUGUCGGACUUCGUCGGCGCCUUCACCACUGAGCAUGGCGCAAUGAAGUUGACGGUUGUGUUGCAGCUAUUGGCCACCUUCCUACUCGCGUUCCUUGCUGGCUAUGCAGAUGUCAUCACCUACAUGCGCUACGGCAGCUUCGCUGCCAGCAUGACGGGCAACGUGAUCUUCGCGGGGAGAGAGAUUGCGCAGCUGGCGUGGCAGGACUUGUUGUUCUACUUUGCCAUUAUGGCGGCCUGGGCCUUGGGAUCAGUUCUUUUUCAUCAGAUGGAGACAUGGAGCCCUCGCAAAGGCGCCUCACGUGCUGCGAUGCUGGUGGCAUUGAUUUCCACGGCCAUCGAUGUGGCCUACAACAUGUCGGGCAGCCGCCACCGCUGGUGGAUCAUUGGACUGUCGCCCAUCUUCGGGGUUGAGGAGGCUUUUUCCUUCACCCAUUUGCGGCUGCCAGCCACGGGGGUGUCGAAACAUAUCUACAACCUCUCCAAGAGCUACAUGCUGCUGUCUUCAAGGAGAUGUCGGAGCCCCACUUCCGAGGAGGUGUGCCUCAGUGCCAUGAUGCUGACGGGAAUGACUUGUGGCGCUGUGUUGGGGCAACACCUGGCAUUGGUCUUUGGAGUAGAGGUGCGUUGGUGUUUCCUGCCCGUGGCACCUUUGGUUGCCAUAGCCAUCUCGGUACAUGAAUGCCUUCACCAUGCAGCGACUAUCAGCGACGGCGACAGUGAUGCGAUGGACACAGAGAGUGAUUCGGCAGAACAUCCCCUGGAAACGUGA